AUGGCUGCUGUAAGUGAAGGCAUUUUAGCUGAUAAAUGGAAUGCUUGUUCAAUUCAACCACAUAAAGCUUAUCAAAAUGAUGAGUUAACAAUAGAUUUAGUAUGGUGGACAAAUGCUAUAUGUUUACCGACAAUUGCAAUUAUUGGUAUAACAUGUAAUUUAAUAAAUAUUUUUGUUCUCACCUAUAAUCCAUCAUCAAAAAGAAUACCAUCAAGAAAAUUAUUAUUAAUAUUAGCUAUAUGUGAUAUAUUUUUUUUAUUUUUUGCUGUACUUGAAGUAUCACCUAUGUCAAUUAGAUCAUUUUUAUCAUCACCUAUUAUAAAUGAAAUAUAUACAAAAUUAGUAUUAUAUAUAAGAAUGUGUGCUUCAACUUUUUAUAAAUCAUCUGUAUUACUGGUUGUUAUUUUUAAUAUUGAAAGAUAUAUAAGUGUAUGUUAUCCAUUACGAUCAAAUCGUUUAUGUUCACAUAAAGCUAUAAAUUAUACAAUAAUUUUAUGUAUAAUAUUUUCAUUUAUAUGUUCAUUACAUUGGCCUUUAGUAUAUGAAGUUACUGAUUGUUAUGAUUUUAAUGAUAAUCAUGAAUAUUUUGUUAUAUCAAUGUCAGAAAAUUCAUUUUGGAUUGCAUAUUAUAGAACAAUGGAUUAUUUUUCAUUAUUUACAUUUAAUAUAUUUCCUAUUGUUUUAUUAUUUUAUUUAAAUUAUAAAUUAAUAAUGACACUUAGAAAAGUUAUUCAUAAAGAUUUAAUAUUACAAAGGCAAAUUAUUUCAUCAAAUCAACAAACAACACAAUUAAUAAAUAAUCAUGAAAAUAAUUUUACUCAAAGACAAAAUGCCAAUAAAAUUUUAUUUGCCGUUGUAGCAAUGUUAUUUAUAUGUGUAGCACCACAGGCACCAGCAAGAUUAUUAUAUGAAAUUUUAGGACAUUAUCAUCCAACUGCAAUUAUUUAUACAUGUAUUAGUCAACAGUUAGUAUUUUUAAAUGCUUCAUUAAAUUUUUGUUUAUAUUGUUUGGUAUCACGAAGAUAUCGAAGUUUAUUAAUAGAAAGUUUUAGAAUUCUUUUAAUGCCACAUAAAGGAUUUUUUACAUCUAGUGCAGUUACAUUUCAAUUAAAAACAAGAUCUUCAUCUGUUCAUGCCCAGUCAUCUGAUGAACCAAUUUAUUGA